AUACAAUCAUUUGACCUGUAAUGAUCUUCUUAGUAUAAUCUACUGCCCCAGGCCCUGUUGCCAGCGUUCGAAUCCUAGUGUUGGUGCCGUGCAAGCUUGAGGUUAUUAUUCUAGUUGCCGUUUACUUGUCCAGGCGCUAAACCAACACGCUGGUACUACUGGUCGUAUCGACUAGCGCUAGUUAGCGCGUUGGUUACUUUUUACCACACAAACCUAUUGUCGACUCGAAUCUAAAUUGUACCGGCCCAAUUAGAAUUCCAGGUCCAAAGUACAAUUUUGCACUCGCGUGCAUGUGAUAUGGUGAUUCCUGGUCAGUGGAGGUUUCCCGAUCUCCGAUCGUGGCAGGUGAUUUGAAACAAUAAUUAUUGCAUUGGCUGACCUGAGAAUGAUGUUGCUGAUUUAGUUCCCGUUUCGUAAAAUUCUUUGGAUCCAGAAAAUAGUGUGGAGUUUCCUGGUUUGAGUCUGUGCUGCUGAAAAGAGCGGACAGAAUGCGCAGGAUCAUAAGCCGUCACGCGCUGCCUAGCCAUGGCAGCUAUACGUCUGUCGAUCCCUAUUUCGUGAUGCCGUUCAUCGUGAAAGGGUAUCGGCACGUAGCGUGCGCCUCGGACUGUGUGCUCAGUAGCCUGACGCUUAGCAACGAGCUGGUGAACAUCUGGAGUCACGUACUGGGCGCACUGUACUUCGUGUUCGAGAUCUACCGACUCAUGGCCCAACACUGGUCGUGGAACUCACCAGUAUUCAUCGCCGAAGAGCACUUUCCCCUGCUCCUGCAGCAUAUCGGAUGCGUGAUAGCGAUGAGUGGCAGUACGCUGGCGCAUGUGUUCCACAGCCAGUCGGAGUGGCACCACCAGGCAUGGUUCAUCGUCGACUACUUCUCCAUCAGCUACUACUGCGUAUCGACGGCCAUCGCGCACUACAGCUACAGCCGGCCCAUGGACCCGGACAGUGGUGCCAUCUCCGUCUUCUCAACCAAUGGCUAUCUAAGUAUGGCUCUUGUCCUGCACCUCUGCAUAUUCAUAUCGCAGUGCUACGUGCGAUUUGGUCUGUACGCAUCUCCCUUCAGGCCGUACGUGCUGAUCACCGGUUAUCUGCUGGCGUACACGAUCAACUUCCUGCCCUUCCUGAGCCGUUUCUUCUCGGCCGACGGCGAGCGCGGCCUGCCGUCGGACCAACACCACUGGGCGCAGUUCUUCUGGAGCUUUGCGAGCGCCGUGGUGAUGGCAGUGCACAUGCCGCAGCGACUGGCGCCGCACUAUCUCUACUUUCUGCACGGCCACGCGCUGAUGCACAUCGGAAUGUUCUGCAGCGUGCUGCAGCAGCGCACGGCACUGCGGCUGGAUGAACACCGGUGGCAACUCCUCGCCGACUCCGCCACGUCGCCACAGCCAUCUCUCCGCGCCAUAGGCGCUGUUCUGUGUCUGCACGUACUAAUCGGCAGCACUGCAGGGUACGUUAUAGCCUUCCACGGCAUCAACGUGGCGAAAAUCAAAGCACAAUCCGUUUCCGCCGAGCAUAGACAUUGAUGAAAGUAGAAAUUGGCUAUUAGACAGGCUUAUCGCUACCCACACUAAUGCUACUCUACACAGAGUGGUGCUUGUGUACGCAGAUGGAGACUUUUUGCUGGCGUAUUUGUCAUUCGAGAGACUUUUUAAAUGGGGCUACAUGUACGUUCAUGUAACCCCAUAUACUAACUUAUUUAGCAUAGAAAGAAAUAGUGACAACUUCAUGCGAGUGUAGUGUGGACUCAAUUUUCUGGCAGCUAGUUGCCACUUCAGCCUUGUUUGGUACCAUCGGUGGAGUGCAGACUGUAGAGUCAUAGUGAUAUGCCCCGCUGAUUGCAGUAGUCUCGUCAUGUGUGUAUGCGUAGUCCAGUGUGUAGUGCAGUGUUGUACUGAUCUUCCCCUCUACUAUUUUCUUUCCCCUCUCUUAUUCUCGCCCGCUGUUGACCUUGUACCUGUGAGCGUGGUGUGACUUCCGAAAUACGGUGUUGAGCCGAUGCGUGCGCUGUUGCACCCGACACUUG